AUGGAGAUUGCACAUACUGUAAACAAUUUUAUGUAUUGCGCCAAAGAGGAAACGACCCAACUUUCCAGUGCGGUAGUCCUAUAUGUGAUAAGUGUGACGUCGACAUAUGUAAAUGUAGAUGUUGUAGGAGGAGGCGUGCACGGUGUGCCGCCGCUGCCUCCACUUCCCCCGCUGUCAUUUCAUCCAUAA